AUGGAAGACGACUUUGAUCCUUAUAACGUAAGUUCUUGUGGAUCUGCGCAAUUUUUUAUAAGUUUUAGGGUUUUUGUGGUUCUACGGGCAUAACAAGAGGUUUUUUGGUUAACGUAAAGGUUAUGUUGGUGUCAAAGCAUAGUUUUUAUGUUAUCCAUGACCUUACGGGAUGUAUAUUACUUAUUCAACGUUUUAAUAUCUAUUUUUAUAACUAAAAUUAGUUGGCUUAUGCAAAUUAGACUAAAAAUGAAAUUUUGAGUUUAUUUUUUAACGUUUUCAACAAAAGCUUUGUCAAAAUUUGCCUAUUUUGACACACAAAGUUGAAGUAACUCAGCUCUGUUUAGGUAACAAAAAUUUUAAAUUCGUUAUGUCACGGCACUAAAUUAAAACAAAAACCAUCGUAUCAUGUUUUCUGAAACAACAUGCUUUAAAUGGACAUGUCUAUGGUAUAAUUGCCGGAUAAUGACUCAUAUUUCUGGCCAAGGCUGUUUGAAAUUGAGUGAAAUUUCAAAAUGCGCGCAAUGAAAAUCUUUGGACUGCCAUUUCUUCUCCCAACAGAUGCUUACUCCAAAGCGAUUUUACCUCAAAAACCGGAAAAUCGCGACUACAACUUUGGGAUUUGCAUUUUGAAUACACUUCAAAGUGCAUUUGCGAAUGAAUUGGGCUGGAAGAUAUUGUUUUAGGGGAUGAUUCUCGGGUGGAAGGUUAUAUGCAGAGUAAUAUUUUUACUAAAUUGAUUAUGACAGCUCUGAUUUUGGAGCUUUGGAUACUUAAAAAUUAUAGAUCGUCAGGUAAUUGACGCUUUUUUUGGGGGUGUUGUUGUUUAUGGGUAACAGGAAUAGUCAUGGUCGUACAGUUAACAGCCAGUUGUCAGGAUUUUUGAAAAAUAACUAGCUUUAGGGCAGAUGGGCGAAAUAAUGUAAUAUUACAGUUAUUCAGGAUGUAGUUAAGUUGUCAUUGUAAAUUUUGAAAUAAUUUUAAGGCUUUGGAUACCUUAUCAACCUUUUUUUCGUAUAAAAACUGUCCGGACGAACACGUACCCUCCACUUUAUUAUACCUCAUUAUACCGACGCAGUUCGUUUGCCGAGAUGAACCAGAGCUAUUGCCCUCAUUUGUUUUACCGCAACAUAAAGCAGAGAAAGGUCAGAGGAGCCGUCUCUCCGUUCCCCACACUCUCUCACCGGGUUCGAACGGCUUUGUGAAGGACAUUCUCUUUUCGAGGCUCUUUCCUCCGUCCACUUUCUGUUUUUGCCCAAAAUUGUUUUAAUUAUUUAUUUGUAAAGCCUCCAAAGUGUUAACUCUCACACAAAAGCUGUCGGAAUGGCCGGAGGGGGGGGGGAGGGGGGUUGUACCGGAAAUUAUGAUAAAUUGGGGGGAUUUUGUAUUGUUAUGAUUGUAUAUUCAGGAGGGAGGAUAAAAAUUAUUGUUACUUUCAAGGUGUGAAAAAAUGUGAUAUAUCGUAUGUGGGGAUUAAAAAACUUGGUUAGGGCAGCACGUUUGGCUGGAAAAGGUUUUACAUGGGUCGACAUGGUUAAAUUAUGUCUUUUAAAGCUUUGUGAACAUGUUAAAAAUGGCUACCUUUGAAUUGAAAAGCUGUUUUUUCAUCUAAAUGGAUUACUGUAAUAAAUCCAAUUUAAAAAUAUGGUUUUGGAAGCAAAGAAUUGUGUAGCUAUUAUACUUUAUAGCGCUUUUGUUAUUUUUGAAUUUUUGCAGAACGCUAAAAACAGUUGGUCUGGCUUUAACGGGUAAGAUUAACAGGCCAAAGUUUCGAAAACUAAAUGAAAAUGAAUUCGGAUUCUUGUAACUUUUAAAUUUUUAUAUUUAUGUUUUGAUUAGCUUUGAAGUUUCUUUAAAAUUUCUGAUCUACUGACUUUGAUUUAAGUUUUUUUUAAAUCUUAAAAGGUAUUUAUUAGGUAUUUCAAAUAAUCCUGUGCCUCCUAAAUUCGAAAAUUUUCUUUGUAAGGGGGCACAGGAUGUUUUGAACAACUUGAUAAAUAGCUUAAAGCGUUGAGCAACAUAAUACUUUUAUUUUUUUUGCAAAUUUUAGACUAUUUUAAUUUCUUUUCGACCAAGUUUUUUCAAAUUUUAAAUUUGUUACCAAUAAACAUUGGAAACUCUUCUUCAUCGAAAUUUUUAUAAAUAAGACGUUUUUGAAUCAGAUAAUGAAUCACAGCCCAUCCGAGUUUUUGCAAAGAAAUCAUUUUACAAGACCCGUUAUUCGUCGUUUCUGAAGGUUACCGUUCCGACGUUCUUUUAACGGCUGGGAAUUCCGGAACACGGGUAUUUAUAGUAAAGGCUGUGGAAGUAGUUAUGUAUUGUUGGUUUUAGUUAUUUUUGAGAAAAUCUUUGAAUUUUAGGUGAUAUUGUGGGUUUUAAAACUUUUUUUUAAAAAUUUUAUUACGUUUUUUGACGAGUACAAUACUUUUAUAUGGUCUAUGUUAUCUAAUAAUUCUAAUUUGUAACGAUGAGUAUAUUUAUUUUGCCAUUUUUAGUGUUCCACCUCGACCGGCUACACCAACCCGCACUCAUCUGGCAGUUCCCAAUUUUAUCCUCUAUAUAUUGACACUUCCCAACCGCCAAGCUCGUUUAGAAGUCAAGAACGAUCGGUUUCUGUCACUCCACAACCUUCUAUCUACAGUCCAUCGCCGAAGGUCGGGUUUCAGAUUAUGAGUGCACCUUCAAGGCAGAUCAAAUGUGUUGUGGUAGGGGAUGGAGCGGUGGGAAAGACGUGUAUGUUGAUAUCUUUCACGACCAACUCUUUUCCUAGGGAGUAUGUGCCUACAGUGUAAGUUAUUGAGGUUUGUUGAUUUGCUUUUUAGAAGAAUGUGUUAAUCGUUGGUUCGGUCAAGAAGUAUAGAGAAUGAAAAUUAGUUUAAAAGCUGUUUGCUAUGAACUGGCAGUUAUUAGUUGCUAUACUUAUUUUUGAACCAAAUUCUUUUGUUCUUUAAAUUUGGAUAACAGAUAGUUUAAAACAACUAGUUAUGUAUCAAUCUUUUAGGUUUGAUAAUUACUCAGCGCCGAUGACAGUAGAUGGGCACUCUGUAAAUCUUGGAUUAUGGGAUACUGCUGGACAGGUUAGUGCAUAUUUUGGUCCUUUUCAAAUAUUUUUUAUAAAAAGCUUUUAAAAAGUUGUUUUAAAUUGACUUUAGCUGGUUAUUACAAAAUUAAAACAUUUUUUCAAUAAAAUAUCGUUUAAUCUAUAAUAUUUCGAUUACAAUGAUUUUCAGGAAGAUUACGAUCGCCUCCGACCCUUAUCUUACCCACAGACAGAUGUGUUUAUAUUGUGUUACAGUGUGGUGUCGCCGAUAUCGUUAACAAACAUCACUUCGAAAUGGGUACCAGAAAUUAGGAACUAUUGUCCAGAUGCACCAAUAGUACUAGUAGGAACCAAAGUGGACUUGAGAGAUGACCCAGCUCAAGUGGCACUAAAUGCCAACUCAAAGUCGAAUCAGUUUGUGACCAAGAAGGAGGCUCAGAAAGUGGCAGACAGGAUCAAGGCGGUCAGAUUGUUGGAGUGCUCGGCUUUAACUCAACAAGCGUUGGGAUUGGUAAGGUUUACUGUAGAAUAUACAUACUGUAGUAUACGAAAAUUUUUUUUUGAGAUUUAAGUAAUGUUUCGUUUAAAAAUAAGAGGCGACAAAAUGUCGAAAUUGCAAGUUUUUGCCGUUUAUGAGCUUUUUGAUUAAAAGCUAUUUUUAUGGUAUCUACCUCUAUAUGUUCCGUCAUUUUAGGUAUUCGAAGAAGCCGUCCGGUCGGUAACGUCGCCCAAACCUAAGAAGAGAAAAGGCUGCACCAUCCUGUAG